AUGUCGUCAUGCAAAUCGCUGGCCCGCCAAUGGCCUCGCUAUCUUCGUCGCUCUUCGCCGCGUCUUCGAAGCUGUAACCAGCAGCUAUUGCAGCAACACCUUCAGAGCAACCGAUUGUCACUACCUACACGUCGAACCUACGCUUCUUCAAUCUCCGCCGCAGACCUUAAAUUCGGACAGCCUUUGCAUGAGACACACCCUCAUAUACUGAAUCCCGGAGAACUUACGCCGGGAAUCACUGCUCUCGAGUACGCCCAACGUCGUUCGAAGCUCGCAAAUAGACUUCCCAAAGGUGCGAUCGCAGUGCUAGCAGCCUCUGAGGUCAAGUACCGUGCUUCGGGAAUUUUCAAUGAGUACCGACAGGACUCCAACUUUUUUUACCUUACCGGAUUCAACGAACCCGGUGCCCUGGCGGUGAUUGGAAAUGAUGGAUCUGGAGAUAACCACAUCUUUCACCUCUACGUCCGGGAAAAAGACCCCAAGGCGGAGCUUUGGGAUGGAGCUCGAUCCGGCACCCGGGCUGCCAUGGAUGUCUUCAAUGCAGAUGAGUCAGGAGACAUCGAUCGCAUCGGAGAUAUCCUUCCCAACAUCGUUUCUGGAGCUACAGAAGUUUACACGGACAUUCCCGCUUUUGAGACUGGAAGGACGAGCUUGCACAAAUAUCUAUACGGCCCUUCUAGUGCAUCGGAAAAGCUCAAGAAACUUGUCGACUUCCGCAAGGUCAAGCCAUUGCGUUCAAUUCUCAAUGAGAUGAGAGCGUUUAAGAGCGAGGAUGAAGUGCUACAAUUGCGCCGGGUUGGCCAGGCCGCGGGUCGAGCCUUUACGGAAUCGAUGAGACAGACUUUUACCAAGGAGAAGGACUUGACUUCUUUCCUGGAGUAUCAGUUCAAGGUUAAGGGCUGUGACACCAGUGCCUUUGUCCCUGUCGUGGCGGGAGGCUCUAACGCCUUGAGCAUCCACUAUACCAGAAACGAUGACGUCCUGAGGGACGGAGACUUGGUCCUCGUGGACGGAGGUGGAGAAGCGGGCACUUAUAUCUCCGAUAUUACUAGAACUUGGCCGGUCAAUGGCAAAUUCACUGGCCCUCAACGGGAUCUGUACAAUGCCGUUUUGAAUGUGCACCGUACUUGUGUCGCCCUUUGCCGGGAAAGUGCAAAGCUUUCCCUCGAUAGAUUGCAUAGCGUCGCAGAAAAUGGACUGAGAGACCAAUUGCAACAGCUUGGAUUUGAUGUUUCCGGAAGCGCAAUGCACGCUCUUUUCCCACACCAUUUGGGCCACUAUAUCGGACUAGAUGUCCACGACUGUUCUGGCUAUUCGCGAGGAUAUGACCUCAAGGCCGGCCAAUGUAUCACCGUGGAACCUGGCAUUUACGUCCCAGACACCGACAGGUUCCCAGAGAAAUUCCGUGGCAUUGGCAUCCGUAUCGAGGACAGCGUCUGUGUCGGAGACGAUCACCCUAUCGUCCUGACGCCAGAGGCAGUAAAAGAGGUGUGUUUAAAUUCCUUUUGUUGA